AAUGACGCGAUCACUCCGCGACAGCCACAGCCUAAACAUUGGUAUGAAAACGUUGGGGAACUAUGCUACAACCAGAAAAUGUCAAACUUCAAAGAGAGGGGCAUGGUUUACUCAAAAGUUUUGAUGUCGACUGUCCGAUAGGAACCUUAGAAGAGCCGAGGCAGGGUGAGGAAGAGGAGGGAAACCCGUUUAACUUCAGCCCGCAGAUCAUCCGUCUUCACAAGGAUCACGAAUUGUUUGAGGAAGGGGACAUUCAAAGACACAUGUACCUUCAAGAUCUCUACCUGUCAGAGACAGAAGACAAACCAGCCCUCAGUGUGUCAGAAUUCGCCUGCCACAUCUCUGGCUGCAGUGCAGUCUUCAGCACUUUAGAGGAGUACGAGCACCACUACAACUCCCUGCACAGACAUGUGUGCUGCUCCUGUCGCCGCUCCCUGCCAAGUGCCCGGCUCCUCGACAUUCACAUCCAGGAAUGGCAUGACUCUCUCUUCACUAUCCUCGCUCAGAGACAAGAUAUGUACCAGUGUUUGGUGGAGGGCUGUGGGCUGAAGUUCAGGAUGAGUCAACACAGGAAGGAACAUUUGAUUAGAAUACACAAGUAUCCUCCAGACUUCAGAUUCGACAAAACCAAGAAGGACAAAGGGGAGGCAAAAAGACGGCAGCAGAAAGACACAGCCAUGGAGAUAGCAGAGAGUGUGUGUGAGUCUGAGGGUGUGUGUGAGGUUAUGUGUGAUGUGUUGUCCCAUCAACCUGAGCACGGGGAAUCCAUGGAGACGCACGAGUCUGAGGAGGACGCUGCUCACAUGGCUACGUCUGCCCAUACUGAAGAGCAUGCAGAUCUUUCUACUUCAGCUCACAGCAGCGAGAAUACGAGUUCUGAGCCGCUGAAACCACGAUACUCCUACAGGGUUCCUGCAAAUGUCUGCUUUGGUCACGGCUCUGUCCGAGGUUUCAGAGGACGGCGAGGAAGGAGAAAAUAAUGCACAAGAAUUAAACUUUCUGCCUUUCUUCAAAAAUGUACCUAUUUAUACCUAUGGUUGGUAUGUGUUUAUAUGUGUCCUUAUCUUGAAAUAAAAUUUAUUUAUAAAAUGUAAA